AAGAUAGGGGAGCCACUGACCUUGACUGACUGACUGUGGCAUCUGGGCGGGCUUUGUGGUUGGUUAGGUUGAGUGACAGCGAUUUGUUGUUGAGCGGGCGCCACGCAUCCAUCCACACCCAAAUCAAACCCCACCAGGCCACCACACACUCGCCUCGGACUGGAUUGGAACUCUGGAAAUACCUUUAUUGUGUCCUUUCUGUGAUCCAAACGGCCAGGUUUCUCCUUGUUCCCAAUUUUGAUUCGUGAAGUGGUGAGCUGUGCGAGCUGAGUCGACCGCUGACCGUACAGUGGAACCGUUGAACCAAGAGAAAGGAGGCGCAGCAGGAGCAGGGGAUCGCCAUCGCACUCGAGGUUUUCCGCAUCUCCAGCGCGCGAGACGAUACUCUAUGUUUAUUCUGUGAUACACAGAAUGCUCUCAUAUCUUUAAUCAUCCACCCAGGCUAGGGUGAGGCGUGGAGGUAUUUUUGUAGUUCUUAAUUAGAUCACCAAUUUGAUGGCUUCUGAAGAUGUAAAAGCAACCGAUUCGGCGGUGUCUAAGAUUGUUAACUUCGCGGAGGAGGCGAAGCUCGCCAGGGAAGAUAUCAGACCUACGAAGUAUCAAGUUUACAGUGUUUGCAAAUCUCUCAUCGCCGGUGGUGUCGCUGGAGGAGUAUCCCGAACUGCUGUAGCACCUUUGGAGCGACUAAAAAUUUUGCUUCAGGUUCAAAAUCCUCACAACAUUAAAUACAAUGGCACUGUCCAAGGCUUGAAGUACAUAUGGAGAACCGAGGGCUUCAGGGGAUUGUUCAAAGGCAAUGGCACUAAUUGUGCUCGAAUAGUCCCUAAUUCAGCAGUAAAAUUCUUCAGCUACGAGCAAGCUUCCAAGGGCAUACUAUAUAUGUACCGGCAGCAAACUGGCAAUGAGGAUGCUCAGCUGACUCCUUUAUUGCGACUGGGUGCUGGAGCUUGUGCUGGAAUAAUUGCCAUGUCUGCUACAUACCCAAUGGACAUGGUUCGAGGCAGAAUCACCGUGCAGACAGAGAAGUCUGCCUAUCAAUACAGAGGAAUGUUUCAUGCCUUGUCAACUGUGCUUCGUGAGGAAGGCUUCCGCGCACUGUACAGGGGUUGGCUUCCUUCUGUAAUAGGAGUUGUUCCGUAUGUAGGUCUGAACUUUGCUGUGUAUGAAUCCCUUAAAGACUGGCUGGUUAAAUCCAAACCCUUUGGGCUAGUUGAAGACAAUGAAUUGGGUGUAGUGACAAGGCUUGCGUGCGGGGCUGCUGCAGGCACCGUUGGACAGACUGUCGCCUACCCCCUUGAUGUGAUUCGUCGAAGGAUGCAAAUGGUGGGGUGGAAUCAUGCUGCUUCGAUCGUAGCUGGUGAUGGGAGGAGCCAAGCUUCCCUGGAAUACUCUGGCAUGAUCGAUGCUUUCAGGAAGACUGUGCGACACGAGGGCUUCCGAGCAUUGUACAAAGGCUUGGUCCCCAAUUCGGUGAAGGUUGUGCCGUCGAUAGCCAUUGCUUUUGUGACAUAUGAACAAGUGAAGGAGUUAUUAGGGGUAGAGAUUAGAAUAUCCGACUGACUGAUGGGCGGCAUGUGUGUAUUCGCCGCCGCCACCAUUACAUGUUUGCAGCGCUGCAUUUGUUAGUUAUCCUCCUUCCUCACCCACAAACUGCUCAAUGGAUGGAUCCCUCAAUAAGUAAUGGUUUUGUUUUAUGUUGCAACAAUAGAUACAUACAUACAUAUAUAUAUAUAUAUAGUUUGAUGAACCUCUCGUGUAGUGAGCUUUACAAUUUUGGAAGAAUUUCUUCUACCAUCA